CUCUGGCCGCUUACUUCCGGUUCCUAGAGAUGCGCAUCCGGGUCACGCUAACGCCGCGGUUUCCUCCGCUCAAUUGGUUCUACUGUGGGUCUGGACUGGUCUCCAUGUCUUGUUGUGGGGCUUUUACAGCCUUUGGGAUCUCACCCUGUAUCACCUGGGCUGAAGCGUAGUGACGCUAUCACGGCUAACUAUAGCCUCGAUCUCCUGGGCUCAGGUGAUCCUCCCGUCUCAGCCUCCCAAGCAGCUGAGACUACAGAUUGUGAAAACUGCUGAGAGAGACUUGCAAUCCAGUCACAUAAGUAUAAUAAAGAAAUAUUGGUCCUCAUGGAAGAAGAGCAAGAUUUACCAGAGCAACCAGUGAAAAAAGCCAAGAUGCAGGAAUCAGGAGAGCAAACUAUAAGUCAAGUAAGCAAUCCAGAUGUCAGUGAUCAGAAGCCUGAAACAUCAAGCCUUGCUUCAAACCUUCCCAUGUCAGAGGAAAUUAUGACAUGCACCGAUUACAUCCCUCGCUCAUCCAAUGAUUAUACCUCACAAAUGUAUUCUGCAAAACCUUAUGCACAUAUUCUCUCAGUUCCUGUUUCGGAAACUGCUUACCCUGGACAGACUCAAUACCAGACACUACAGCAGACUCAACCCUAUGCUGUCUACCCUCAGGCAACCCAAACGUAUGGACUACCUCCUUUUGGUGCAUUGUGGCCAGGUAUGAAACCUGAAAGUGGUUUAAUUCAGACUCCAUCUCCAAGUCAACACAGUGUUCUUACCUGCACUACAGGGUUAACCACAAGCCAGCCAAGCCCAGCACAUUAUUCUUAUCCCAUUCAAGCUUCAAGCACAAAUGCCAGCCUGAUAUCUACUUCUUCUACAAUUGCCAAUAUUCCAGCAGCAGCAGUAGCCAGCAUCUCAAACCAGGAUUAUCCCACCUAUACUAUUCUUGGUCAGAAUCAGUACCAGGCCUGCUACCCCAGCUCCAGCUUUGGAGUCACAGGUCAGACUAACAGUGAUGCAGAGAGCACCACAUUAGCAGCAACCACAUACCAGUCGGAGAAGCCUAGUGUCAUGGCGCCUGCACCUGCAGCACAGAGACUUUCCUCUGGAGACCCUUCUACAAGCCCAUCUUUGUCCCAGACUACACCAAGUAAAGAUACUGAUGAUCAGUCCAGGAAAAACAUGACUAGCAAGAACCGGGGCAAGAGGAAAGCUGAUGCCACUUCUUCCCAAGACAGUGAAUUAGAACGGGUAUUUCUGUGGGACUUGGAUGAAACCAUCAUCAUCUUCCACUCACUUCUUACUGGAUCCUAUGCCCAGAAAUAUGGAAAGGACCCAACAGUAGUGAUUGGCUCAGGUUUAACAAUGGAAGAAAUGAUUUUUGAAGUGGCUGAUACUCAUCUAUUUUUCAAUGACUUAGAGGAGUGUGACCAGGUACAUGUGGAAGAUGUGGCUUCUGAUGACAAUGGCCAAGACUUGAGCAACUACAGUUUCUCAACAGAUGGUUUCAGUGGCUCAGGAGGUAGUGGCAGCCAUGGUUCAUCUGUGGGUGUUCAGGGAGGUGUGGACUGGAUGAGGAAACUAGCUUUCCGCUACCGGAAAGUGAGAGAAAUCUAUGAUAAGCAUAAAAGCAACGUGGGUGGUCUCCUCAGUCCCCAGAGGAAGGAAGCACUGCAGAGAUUAAGAGCAGAAAUUGAAGUUUUAACAGAUUCCUGGUUAGGAACUGCAUUAAAGUCCUUACUUCUCAUCCAGUCCAGAAAGAAUUGUGUGAAUGUUCUGAUCACUACCACCCAGCUGGUUCCAGCCCUGGCCAAGGUUCUCCUAUAUGGACUAGGAGAAAUAUUUCCUAUUGAGAACAUCUAUAGUGCUACCAAAAUUGGUAAGGAGAGCUGCUUUGAGAGAAUUGUGUCAAGGUUUGGAAAGAAAGUCACAUAUGUAGUGAUUGGAGAUGGACGAGAUGAAGAAAUUGCAGCCAAACAGCACAACAUGCCUUUCUGGAGGAUCACAAACCAUGGAGACCUAGUAUCCCUUCACCAGGCUUUAGAGCUUGAUUUUCUCUAAGAACUGGAAUGAGGAGCCUUCCCCUUGAGCUCCUUUUCACUCCUGAAGGGAGCUGGAGACUGGAACCAACUGAGAACUUUCUCUGUCUGUCUCUCUCUGUGUCUCUGUCUCUGUCUCUCUCUCUUUCUCUCUUUCUCUCUUUCUCUCUCUCCCUCCCUCCCUUCCUCUCUCCCUCCCUCUCUGCCUCUCUCUCUCUCUCUGUCUUUAUCCAUGGAAUGCUGGCGAGAACACAAUCAGAACCAACAGCUGCAAUUUUUGCUAAGAGUGAGCUGCAGCCCCGUGUUCAUCUCCAUACAGAAGCAGGGACAGUUGGAUAGCGAGAACAAUGGACUCACUGCAGCUACAGUGCUUUUAAUUUUUCUGUGUUUUGUUUUUGUUUUUUUGUUUUCAAAAAAUGAAAAAGAAAAGGAAAUUCCUGGGGCAGAGUUGCACUCUUAGUCCAUGACCAGAUUGAGAAUUACUGAUAACUUGUGGUGAUCAGAUAAAUGCAGCAGACUUUUAUGAUAACAUCUCUUGCAGUCUUAGAGUCUCCUUAGCUUAGAAUCUCACUUAUUUCCAGCGAAUGUGUAUGUUAUUUUUAUAGGUAAGGGUCUGAUCUUUGACGCAGGUUUCCCCCACUUUCUUUUUCUAGCAAGAAAGGGGUGUUUAAAGUCUUGAAAAUAGUAAUUGAAAUAUCUAAAAUACCUCCCUGUGGCAGUAGCACUUCUAUAGCUGCUCCAGUGGUCUGCUCUCUAGGAUGAUUCCUUUCCUGUUCUUCUGUCUCCUAGCUGGUGAACUGUGGGGCACUGGACACUGAGUAACUUUAAACUUUGGCAUUUCCCAUCUAGAAGCCUUAGUCUUCUUUCCAGUCCCUUUUCCCUUUAGUCAAAUGGCACAACCCUAAAAACUCCUUCAGCUUGACUGUCAUUCAGACUGUAUCACAGGAGGCUUAGCUUCCAAACUGGAGAGAAGGAACUAAAGUGUCUUAUGAAUUUCAGCUUCUUGGCUCUUGAGACCGAAAGGUUCUACCUAUUCCCCCUGCAGAGAAGCACCCAUUUCCCAUCAGAUGCUCGCCCCUGCAGCUUCUUCCUUCUUAGUCAUCAUAAUGCUAGGUUCUUACCCCUUUCCUGCCCUCUGCACCUCAUGUCCACCUCCAGGCAGCUCUGGCCAGUCCCCGGGUAUUAGACCCAAGAAUUCAAAUCAAAUCUAAAAACAUGCUUAUAACUACAUUUUGGCCAAAACUGCCAAUAUAUUUGACUUCCUUUGUGGAAGCCCUAAGCCAUAUGAAGGAUGUCCCAGGUAUGUAUUUACCCAGAUCUCUGCCUGAAACUGAAGAGCAGAUUGCUGUAUUUAAAUUUUCCCAUGGAAAACCCUGCUUCUCAAAUCCCAUUCUAAAGUAGGAAACCAGAAAGACUUUGCUGAUUGUGGGGGGAAGGGAGAUACAGACAGGUUUUCACAUUGUUGCCAAGGCUGGUCUUGAACACCUGGCCUCAAGCGAUCCUCCCACCUCGGCCUCUCAAAGUGUUGGGAUUGUAGGCAUGAGCCACUGCACCCAGCCAGACUUUCCUGAUUUAAAUGAGAGUACUGCAUCAUUCCCUACUUCAUGGCCCAAAACUUAAUCCUGGGCCAAAUGCAGGAGCAUCUCUCGACCUCUGGGCAGAUUGGUGGGUGCCCAGGCACUAGUCACAGCCUUCCAGCCCAGCCAUGAUUGUUGGAUGCCUCAUCCCUCCAAGAGCAAUGUGGGCAUCUACUCAGGCAGGAUAAAAUUCCCUAGAGCUGAGGAAGUUCAGCCUCUCCCAGGCUGCACAGAGAGAGAUGAUACAAGCACCUCAGAUUGAGAUGCAGGAUUGGUCCGCAGAAGGAGGCAUUGUUGACCAACCCCAGCUAUAAAUGCUUGUCGCCAGAGAUUCCGCAUACCCAUUUCCAGAGAUGUUGCAGCACAAAGAAGCAAGACUCCUUCCAAUGCCAGGCCACCCAGAUAGCAAGAGAGAGAGGCUGGUAUACACAUUCCUUCAGAACUCAUUGAAAAGUGCUCAUGACUCAUGAUUUUAAGGAGUAAGUUUUUGCUGAGUAGCUGAAGUCAGUGCUCCUUUACUUAGCUGCCUCUUUGGCCUUGUUUCCUGUGGGGUUGGGAGGAGGGAGAUGUAGUGUGAGAUAGGCCUUCCCUUGGUCUGUAUUCAGCAUAGUUGCCUAGAUGCUGCACUGCCUUGUUUGAUGGUUGAUCUUAGGAAGCUCUAGGUUUUACUCUGAGGCCUCAAACCCUCCCCCUAUGCAGUAUAGCUGUUGGGUUUUUGUCCUGGACAAAGGCCACGGCUGUUGUGCUGCGCUUCAGGUUUGUGAGGCUGCGGAGUGGUACCCCCACCAUGCACACAAGCAUACACACACAGAUACUUCCCUCUCCACCCUUUUGGGAGCUCUUUAUUUUAGAAUAUAACUUGAACUCUUAUCAAUGGCCUUUUUCCUCUUACUCUGACUUCCUAGCUUAGCUCUUUCCAAAAGGAACUUGAACUUGGCCAAGAGAGGUAAGGAGGCUGAGCAGAGCAGUCUUUGCUCAUUCCUGGUUGUUGCCACCCUCAUUUAAAUGGAAGAGAGAAAACAGGAGCUUCUUGGCUGUUUGCCAAAAUGAAUUGUCCAGGGAACACAGUGCUCUCUGUAAUUACCUGCCUUUUUCUCCACCCCAACACAAAAAUCUGGAAAGGAAAAUAAGUGGGUAGGAUUAAGAGCUGUUAGAAGCUGAGGACCAAAGGACACUGUGGGUCCAUUCAUCAAGGGGGAGGCCCUCUUCAUUAGAGUCCUCAUGAAAUUAGCCAAAUGAUGAGUCCUUCCCUAGCUGGGCAUGGUGGGUUCUCUCUUUUUUUUUUUUUUUUUUUUUGUUGAGAUGGCGUCUCGCUCUGUCACCCAGGCUGGAGUACAGUGGCAUGAUCUCGGCUCACUGCAACCUCCGCCUCCCAGGUUCAAGCGAUUCUCCUACCUCAGCCUCCUGAUUAGCUGAGAUUACAGGCGCCCACCACCACGCCUGGCUAAUUUUUGUAUUUUUAGUAGAGACAGGGUUUCACCAUGUUGACCAGGCCGUUCUCAAACUCCUGACCUCAGGUGAUCUGCUCACCUUGGCCUCCCAAAGUGCUGGGAUUACAGGCAUGAGCCACCGUGCCUGGCCAGGCACUGUGGGUUCUACAAGAUGGGUCUGUAAUGUCACGGUGAGGGCUCUCUCUAGUAGUAGAUCUGGAGUGAGGUGUGUCUUGGGUUGAGGAGGUGGCUUGACUUUCGAAUGUAAAACUGACUGUGCCUUAGCAUCACCCUGUCCAGUGCCCCUGGGGCAGCUGGUAGUGUCCAGAAGAAUGGACACCUGCUCCAGAUUUAGAUGCCCAUCUGGGCUUUUGUUUGAUUUGCGGUGUUCCUGUCUUCUGUAAAGCUAGUGAGUUGUCCCAAGAGACUGAUGCCACAGCUUGUUCGCAGUUUACACAAACUCAGCUUUAAAGUUCCAAAUAGAAUCUGACUGGCAAACUCUAGCUGCAGCAUGUGGAGCUUCUAGAUGUUUACUACCUUGAAUGGUUGUCAGUGUCACUGAACCACAGGGGAGAGGAGUAUGGGGUAGAGCAAUGGUCUGGGCCAAGGAGUGGUGAGCUUAGGGUCUUCCUCUGACUCCUUACUCCUCAAGGAGGCAGUUAGGGUCCCUCUUAAGCAGGCUUCUAUUUCUUACCACUAAAUUGGUUUCCUUUUUCAUCCAGAAGUUAGAACUCCCCAGAUAUUCACACUAUAGGAUCUGAAUUCCGAGAUUCUAAAAUAUCUUAAACCACAAGAGAGAAAAUCUAGUUCUGCCUCAGCCCCAGUCAGCAGGCCAUCUGUCCCUUCCUCUCCUCUGAGUCAGACAGCUCUGGCAAGCAAGGCUCCUUGGCUAGUUCCUAAUGCACUGACAGGAGCCCUCCCAUUAAGGACGACUUCUACUCAAAAUGCGACUCUCCCUCUGAACUUCAGAUGCCUCUGUUAGCAGGAAAAGGCAUUGAUUGGAUUGGAUAUAUUUAUGUGACUGCGGGCAUUUGUGGCUGUAGAAUCCGUGACCGUAAUGUUAUAUGUAAUGGGAACUAUCUUAUAAACUUGAAAAAAAUAAAGUUUUUAUUUUCUAUA